AUAGGUACGUUCGGGAUCAAAACUGCCAUUAAUACUUCUAUCGUACGUUGGUACCGGUUUCACUCCGAUUCCAAACGGAUCCAGCACCUACUAGGUCGGUUCCGAUCCCGCUGGCUUAACCACAUGUACUGCUUUGACCCAUACCCGGCCCAUCCAACCUCUCCACUGUUAUUGUAAACACAAAUUCUCUCUUCCGAAAUACGGGGAAGAGUAACGAAAUAGGGUUUAAUCUUGGGUGCUUAACCUCCAUUUUCGUCGAGUAUAUAUGGAUUCUCCGCAAUCAGGAUUUACAGGCAUGGAAUCUGAAAAGCCGAUUAAUGAUGAAGAAGUUAAGAGUGUAAUUGAAGUAAUGGCAGCUACUGGGAAGUAUUGGCAUGACUGGGACAAACUCAAGGGCAUGCUGUCAUUCCAUCUUAAGCAGGUCUUGUCAGAUUAUCCCGAGGCAAAAAUGACUAUUGAACAGCAACAAUCUUGUUUAGGAGAGAGCUUAACUGAUUUGGCGAAAAGGUUGGAUGAUGCUCUCAACAGCUUUGCUGAAGGCCCUCCAUUUACGUUGCAAAGACUUUGUGAGAUUUUGUUGGAUGCGCGGAACAUUUAUUCCAAGCUGUCAAAGCUUGCGUUGGCUCUAGAAAAGAAUUUGUUAGUCACAUCAACAUUGCCUAUCUCCAGUGAUCCAUAUACCAUACAAAAUGCAACAGAAGCAGACCCAGAAACCAAGGUUUCCCCAGUUCAAUCUAAUGGAGUGGAACCUAUAGCCAGUGCAGGUGAUGCAGAUGAAGUAAUGGCUGAGGUAGAAGAGGCGGAAGUUGAGGAUGUUAUGACAAUUGACAUGGAUACUAUUGAAGCAAUAGUUAGAUCAUCUGAAGCAGAUACUACACCUACCAGUGAUUCAUAAUGCCCUGUUUUAUGUUUUUGAUUAUUUUCAUGUCAAAUACAGGAUAUGUGUAGAAGGUAGGUCAUGCUUCUGAAAAUAUACUUGUGUUGGAGCAGUGUAAUGUGUCUCAAACUUUACGUUGGUCCAUCUUGUUGUGGGAGGUUAAAACAUAAUUAAUGUCGUUGUGGAAUGUAUUGUCAGGGUGGAUGUGGCUCAUUUCCCCCCCCAUAAUGAUAAUUUUAAUCUCUACCCACCACAUAUGAUCAGUUGGAACCAUAUAUCCUGUUGGAGACAGUUAUUUAUUCUAUUUACAGGUGUUGUUUUGA